AUGGCUCCUAAGAAGAAAUCUCUCAAUGGGUAUUCAGUAUUUAUGAUGGAGACUCAGCAGAAUUUAACAAAGCAGGGAGCUAAAGUAACCUUGGCUGAUAUGUCAGAGUAUUGCAAAAAAGAUUGGGAAGUUAUGUCUGAUGAGAUGAAAGAAGAGUAUAGAAAAAAAGCUAAGCAAAUGAAAAAUGAUACAAAAGUAGGCAAAUAUACUUCGAUUGGUGAAAAAGUAAAAGAUGUUCAUAAACAAUCGGAUGGUAAUAAAUUACAAACAAAUGCUAUGUACUCAUAUAUAGAURUUUUGCUUGACAUGCAACCAGCUAGUUAUUAUCUUCCCAAGCAAAAAUUCAUUUUGAUUCAUAUAAACUCUUAUACAUGCCAGAAAGAAGGAUUUUAUUUUCCUGCUGAAAUAUCAAUGGCUGAGUUUUCUUUAGAAAAAGGCUUGGAACGCAUGUUUCAUCAGUUACUUGGAUUUGAUCGAGUCAGAACAAAUGCUCCGAUAGCUCCUAUGGCAGAUAUCAACAAUCAUGCUGAUAACUACCAUAAAAUUAAUGUAUUCUCAAAGUUUCCCAAAAAUUAUUCAGAAGUAUUAUUAAAAGUGAUUGGUUUUAUCAUGAACAAAGAUGUUGAUGAAGCUGUUCUAAAUGAUUUAGCAUUGGACAUGCCACCAAUCUAUACUGCACAUACAUUUAUUGAAAAUGAACUGAUGACCACUAGUGCGAGUUUAUUUAAGUUAUUUGAAAGUGCAGUAAGAGAUGCUGAAAGAGAUGAUUUUAAUAAUAUGAUUAGGGUUUACCAUUUGGAUAAACUAUUUAUGAAUCUGAAAAAUGCAUGUUUCAAAGUUAAACAUCCAAAUACAGUUGAUUUGGCGUUGCCUUCUGUUGGUAUGGCUACCGAGAGUUUAUCAAAAGAUAUGAUAACUACAGUUAAAACAAUUGGUUGCAAUUUUCAUGAAAACCUGGAUACGAUUCAAAUUUGUAGUAACUAUUUUGUAUGCAAGUGGAUUAACAUUAUAUCAGCUCAUUGUUGUCGCUAUUUUGACAUAAAACUUGUACCUGGUUAUCAUUAUGAUUUUGAUUUAUCUAAAAUCAUCAGUCCAGUUGAAGAACAUAUUGAUAAAAUCAAUAUUUCUAAAUUGCCUUUAGAUAUUUCUGAUAAAAGAAAAAUAAAUAAACCAAAAACUCUUGUGUCCGACAGCGAUUUUCCAGCAAUUGAAGGUCAAUCACCAACUCCUAUUCAAAAACCAAUAUGGAAUAAGCCAAAUACAUACAACAAAGCUGUAACAAUUAAAAAAGACGACUUACUUACACUUGGUGAUUCAAAAAAUGCUCCUGUAACUGAAAUGAAUAGCUUGAGUAAGACUAUUGGUCGUGGAAGAGGUGUUAUAUGUCAAGAUAAAAGUAAUAACCAAAACCAAUUAAACAAAAGCUCAAAUCAACUAUUCAAGGGAAGAGGAUUUCUUAAUAGCAUCAAUAAAUAGACAGUGUAGACUUAAUAGUUAUUUUAUCAUUCAUAACAUAAUUUAGAAAGUCUAAUUUCAAUAAAUAUCAAUUAAUAAUAUUAAUUUCUGUCAUCUAUAACCAGUUGUUUUAAUGAAAUAAAGAUUAAGAAACUCAUGUAUUGAAAUGUU